AUGCGACUGUUGGCUAAACUGUUAUUCAUAAUCUAUGCCGGUAACGCAUACAAAAUUCUCGUCGUCAAUCCUAAAUUCGCCUACAGUCACGUAAAUUAUAUGGGCAAGAUUGCUGAUGUGCUUGUGGAUGCUGGGCACGAUGUCGUAACACUUCAACUUGUGCUUGCACCGUUUCCAAACAACGGCACUGAAAAAUCGCGACUAAUUCAAAUGGAGGUGGAUAAAAACGUGAUUGCUCCUUUGCUAGCCACUUUCCAAAAGGAUCACGACACCAAAUGGACUGAAAGUGCUACGAAUCCCUUACAGUUUUUCAGGUUGAUACCUACUAUACGAGAACUCGUAACAUUCGGUGUAAGCACUAUUCUUGAUGACAAACAAGUGCUGCAGCAAUUAAAAUCCGAGAACUUCGAUGUUGGCAUUGCAGAGCUUUUCGACUUUUCUGGCUUGGCCGUGUUUGAAGCCAUCGGCCUCAAGAACAUUGUUGGGGCACACACUGUCUCAAGCCUGAUGAAGGGCUCGCUGUUGGUGUUCCAGUAA